AUGGCCGGCCACAACAUCAGCAAUGCGGUCCGUGGCCAUCUGAUUAGCCGGCAGCGGCCCCUAUACCUCCAGCCCAAGGAUAUCGAUGAGAACUACCAAUGGAUGCAAGCUGAAAGGUCUCGCUCGGUGGGCAGCAGCAACAAAGGCCGUGAGAGUCGUGCUGGACAUGGUGGGGUCAAGCGACAGUUGCGUGAAUCCGCGCGUUACAGAUCGCCCAAUGAUAAAUUUGUGCCUGAAACGGGUGACCAAAUGGUUUCUACGAGCGUUAGUACCAAUACCAAUGACGGGCAUCACAUUAUCCACACCAACGCUAGUAUCUCGGUUCGCCGUGGACCGCCCAUUGGUCGACCUAUCAACUCCAGAGAUGGAGUUGAAGACAGUAAGCGACCCAAAACGGCUGAGAAACAGGAAGCAAUCCGGUUCAAUGCCGCGCUAUUUGAUUCCGAUCAACCACGCACGGAUAAUGACCAAGAGAUCAUUGACCUCACAACGAUUGAGGAUAAUGAACAUGGAAAAGCAUACGAGAGCUAUACAAUGGAGCACAAUCCGCUUUGCAGUGAUAUUUCUUUUGAUAAACAUAUCGGUUUGCAGUGCCCUUUCUUUGAUGUUAAGAUCUCGAUGGCUCAUGGAUCGAUAGCCCUUUGCAAAACUCUUUCUUGA